CCCAACCAAACCGUGGACACUUCCAGGGCUCCUCAACAAAAAAGUCCGACACGUACAUCGUCAAUUGCUCCCCGCCCACCAACUCCUUUCACUUCGGACAGCGUGUUUGAAGAAGCCACAACCAGCGUCAUCAUGGCCACCACCACAGCGAGAGCCCAGAAUCCCGUUCUGCGGAGAACGGUCACCUCGGACUCGUCCCCGUCGUCGUCGAACCCUUCCGUCUCGGCGUCGCCCGCCGACACGCCCACCCAGUCUCCCUCCGCCUCGUCGCUGUCGUCUCUUGACUCUUCUGACGACGGCCCGGUCAAGAACGCCCGCGGCACUCUCCUCGACACCUACGGCAACGAGUUCGAGAUCCCCGACUACACCAUCAAGCAGAUCCGCGAUGCUAUCCCCGCCCACUGCUUCCAACGCUCUGGUGCUCGCGGUCUUGCAUACGUGGCCCGGGACAUCGCUUCUCUUGCAGCCACCUUCUACCUCUUCCAUGCCUUCGUAACCCCGGAAACAAUUCCCUCGACGCCGGUCCGAGCAGGCUUGUGGGCGCUAUACACAUUCGUUCAAGGCUUGUUCGGCACUGGGCUAUGGGUUCUUGCCCACGAGUGCGGCCACCAGGCCUUCUCGCCUUCGAAGACACUCAACGACACCGUUGGGUGGAUCUGCCACUCCGCUCUGCUCGUGCCGUACUUCUCCUGGAAAAUUUCUCAUGGCAAGCACCACAAGGCUACCGGCCACAUGGAGCGUGACAUGGUCUUCGUGCCCAAGACUCGGGACGAGUACGCCUCUCGGAUUGGGAAGUUUGCUCACGAGUUGACCGAGCUGACUGAGGAGACUCCUAUCGCCACCGCACUCCACAUGAUCGUCCAGCAACUCGGUGGCUGGCUCGUGUAUCUCUCGACCAACGUUACUGGACACAACUACCAUGAGCGUCAGGCCGAAGGCAAGGGCAAGGGCAAGAGGAAUGGAUACUUCACUGGCGUCAACCACUUUCAGCCAUCGAGCCCUCUGUACGAGAGGAAAGAUGAGCACCUUAUCUUGUUGAGCGAUCUCGGGCUUGGAAUUACCGGCACCAUCCUUUUCUUGAUCGGCAAGAACUUCGGCUUCACCAACCUACUCGUAUGGUACAUCCUCCCAUACCUAUGGGUGAACCAUUGGCUCGUCGCCAUCACCUACCUCCAACACACCGACCCCACCCUCCCCCACUACGACGCCCACACCUGGACCUUCGCCCGUGGUGCCGCUGCAACCAUUGACCGUGAAUUCGGCUUCAUCGGCCGCACCCUCAUGCACGGCAUCGUCGAGACCCACGUCCUGCACCACUACAUUUCGACCAUCCCCUUCUAUCACGCCGACGAAGCCUCCGAGGCCAUAAAGCCCGUCAUGGGCCGCCACUACCGCUCCAACACUGAAGGCGGCGCCCUCGGCUUCCUCAAGAGCAUGUGGACCAGCGCCCGCGUCUGCCAAUGGGUCGAGCCUAGCAUCGAAGCCAAGGGUGAGGGCAAGGGCGUCUUCUUCUUCCGCAACCGCAACGGCCGUGGCGUCCCGCCACAAGUGUUAUCGGCCCCCAAGGUUAAGCCCACUGCUGGCAGCGCGGCGAAAAUGGUCAUCGGACCGGACAGCGAUGCUGAGUAGAUUACCGUCUCUCAUAAUAUGGAAUCGAACCAUACAGGAAUACGAAGUCUUACGAAACAGAAAGGAUGUUGUGAGCGAAAGCGCACCAACACCACGGAACAACACAACAACAAUACGACACUUGCG